AUGGCGGUUCCCGCGGGCCGGCGCGGCUCAGAGACUGAGCGAUUGCUGACUCGCAGCCCCAGCUAUGGGACCCAGGCAGGAGCUUCACCAGCUCUCCCAACCCCCCUGGAAGAAGAGGACCUCCGCCGCCGUCUCAAGUACUUCUUCAUGAGUCCUUGUGACAAAUUUCGGGCCAAGGGUCGCAAGCCCUUUAAGCUGAUGCUGCAGGUGGUGAAGAUCGUGGUGGUCACUGUGCAGCUCAUCCUGUUCGGGCUCAGCAACCACUUGGCAGUGACGUUCCGGGAGGAAAACACCGUUGCCUUUAGGCACCUCUUCCUACUGGGCUACUCGGAUGGGGCAGAUGACACCUUCGCGGCCUACACUCGAGAACAGCUCUACCAGGCCAUCUUCCAUGCCGUGGACCAGUACCUGAUGCUCCCUGAUGUCUCGCUGGGCCGCUACGCAUACGUGCGGGGCGGAGGCGGCCCUGGGGCAAAUGGCUCAGCACUGGCCCUCUGCCAGCACUACUAUCGCCAUGGCCAUGUGGACCCAGCCAAUGACACCUUCGACAUUGACCCAGUGGUCAUCACUGACUGCAUCCGAGUGGACCCCCCCGAACGGCCCCCUGUGCCCCCCACUGAGGACCUCACUCUUUCGGACGGCAGCUUCAGUUACAGAAACCUCACGCUCAAGUUUCACAAGCUGAUCAACGUUACCAUCCACUUCCAGCUGAAGACCAUCAACCUGCAGAGCCUCAUCAACAAUGAGAUCCCCGACUGUUAUACCUUCAGAAUCCUGAUCAUCUUUGACAACAAGGCGCACAGUGGACGGGUCCCCAUCAGCCUAGAGACCCAGGCUCACAUCCAGGAGUGUAAGCACCCCAGCGUCUUCGGGCACGGAGACAACAGCUUCCGGCUCCUGUUUGACGUGGUGGUCCUACUCACCUGUGCCUUGUCCUUCCUGCUGUGUGCUCGCUCGCUGCUCCGAGGCUUCCUGCUGCAAAACGAGUUUGUCGGGUUCAUGUGGCAGCACCGGGGCCGUGUCAUUAGCCUGUGGGAACGACUGGAGUUUGUCAAUGGUUGGUACAUCCUGCUGGUCACUAGCGAUGUGCUCACCAUCUCGGGCACCAUCAUGAAGAUUGGUAUUGAAGCUAAGAACCUGGCCAGUUACGACGUCUGCAGCAUUCUCCUGGGCACCUCCACACUGCUUGUCUGGGUCGGCGUCAUCCGCUAUCUGACCUUCUUUCACAAGUACAACAUCCUGAUUGCCACGCUGCGGGUGGCACUGCCCAGCGUCAUCCGCUUCUGCUGCUGUGUGGCUGUCAUCUACCUGGGCUACUGUUUCUGUGGCUGGAUCGUGCUGGGACCUUACCACGUGAAGUUCCGUUCGCUGUCCAUGGUGUCUGAGUGCCUGUUCUCGCUCAUCAAUGGUGAUGACAUGUUCGUGACCUUCGCCGCCAUGCAGGCCCAGCAGGGCCGCAGCAGCCUGGUCUGGCUCUUCUCCCAGCUGUACCUUUACUCCUUCAUCAGCCUCUUCAUCUAUAUGGUGCUCAGCCUCUUCAUCGCACUCAUCACCGGCGCCUACGAGACCAUCAAGCACCCGGGUGCCGGUGGCGAGCAGAGCGAGCUCCAGUCCUACAUCGCCCAGUGCCAGGACAGCCCCACGUCUGGCAAGUUCCGUCGCGGGAGCGGCUCGGCCUGCAGCCUCCUCUGUUGUUGCGGCAGGGACGCCACUGAGGAGCAUUCGCUGCUGGUGAAUUGA